CCAGUGACAGACACAGCUAUGGCUCUGAAGGGACCCUGCCCGGCGCUCCUGCUGCCCCUUGCCCUGCUGGUCACCUGCCUGGCCCUGUCCAGCGGGCAGUAUUGGAAUCCGCUGAAUGACAUAUUCCAGAGAGAGCACGUGAACAACCCCAAGAACAAAGCCGUCAACAACAAAGUCUACUGCAACAUGAUGAUGUGGGACCGGGGCAUAUUCUGGAAGUAUACCAACACCUUCAUCCAUGAGUCCCUCAAGAAAAUCAAUGCCAUUUGCAAUGCGGAUGGCAUACCCGUUGGGGGCUUCAAACGUAAGAGUAAGAACUCCUUCUCAAUCACCACCUGCACAUUUAACCCCUGGACCUUCUCUUUCAACGGACUCAGUGGCAAAAAGAAAAUUGUCCUCUCCUGCUUGAAUGGGCUCCCUGUGAGAUUUGUGAGGCACAUUUAGGACCCAGACAGACUGUGGAAGGCAAGAAGGGGACCCUGCUGCUUUCUCUAACCCUGCUCUGUCCCUUCUACACUGGCCACGGCACCCAGCUCCUCACCCGUCUCUAAACACUAGUGAGAUGGUAUAGGUGUUUCCACCCCGCACCCUCUGCU